AUGCUCCUGGCCGUGGUUCCCAGCCCGGCUGCUCGGAUCGCAGGUUCUCCACUGGCCACGCCGGCCCGUGGCCCAAUAAGCCGGCCGGAGUGGCAAACUGCUUUAUUCUCAAUUCUGUCGCGCACAGAAGCCAGAAACACGCCAAUCGACGAUUUCCCUCCGCCCCACGGCCGGCCCAGCGGCUUCCGUCCUGGACUACGGUCCUUCUCAACGGCUUCGAUCAAUCCAUCUCCGCCCGUCACCGUUUCCUGCCGGUUCCUGCCUGAGAGCCGACCCAAUCCAUUCGAACCAAUGGAUAUCGUCCUGGAGAUUUUCGAUACCUUCGUGGGGGAUCGCAUAUAUGCUGCGCUCCUCCCGGCCUCCCUCUCUUCUUCGACAACUUUCCUCGCCGGCAAGGAUGACGCCAACAGCACAUUGUCGUUCUUCGGCGACGCGCAGUCCUAUGUUUAUGAGCCCGCCAGCAGUUACCUUUACCUCGAACCGUCUAAAUAUGCCUACAUGAGCGCGUGGCCGAGGGACAACAUCUACCGACAGGCCAUUAGUCUUUAUUUUAUUACUUGGUAUGCCGCUGUCUGCACGGUUUGCGCGGAACCGCCUGCUAAUCUAGAAACCAGGAUUUUUGGUCUCCUUGUUUACUUCGUCUGUGCAACCCUGUCGUACAUUUUCGUCUUCGACAAGACCACAUUUAAGCACCCCAAAUACCUCAAGAAUCAGAUUCGUCUUGAGAUCGCCCAGACCAUGAGAUCGUUGCCCGUCAUGGCCUUGCUGACCGUGCCGUUUUUCCUGGGCGAGGUCCGAGGAUAUGCCAAACUCUAUGACACUGUCGCCGACGAGCCCUUCCCUUACUACAGCAUUUUGCAGUUCCCCAUCUUCAUCGCCUUCACCGACUUCUUCAUUUAUUGGAUUCACAGGGGCUUGCACCAUCCCCUUGUCUACAAGACUCUCCACAAGCCACACCACAAAUGGAUCAUGCCCACUCCCUAUGCCUCUCAUGCCUUCCAUCCGGUCGACGGCUGGGCGCAGAGCGUUCCGUACCACGUCUUCCCCUUUGUGCUUCCUCUCCAGAAGUUCGCCUACGUUUUGCUCUUCGCAUUCAUCAAUUUCUGGACGGUCAUGAUCCAUGAUGGCGAGUACAUCGCCAACAGCCCCGUCAUCAAUGGCGCCGCUUGCCACACUAUGCACCACCUCUACUUCAACUACAACUACGGACAGUUCACUACCCUCUGGGACCGUCUGGGAGGCAGUUAUCGCAAGCCAAACGAGGAGCUUUUCCGUCGCGAGACCAAGAUGGCGCAGGAGCAGUGGGAAAAGCAGACCAAGGAAAUGGAAUCCAUCCUCAAGACGGUCGAAGGCGAUGAUGAUCGCCAGUAUGUCAGCGAUGAGGCGAAGAAGAAGAACCUGUGA